CUUGCCAUAUCAUCCACUUUCCCUUCCGUUAUUCUUUGUUCUUCUGCUGGGAACGAAUUUAAGGAAGAAGGGGAAUCCGAAUCGCCGUCCCGUUGGUGUCUUGCGCAUCAGAAGGGACGCUAUCGGUUUCGGGAAUCAAAUCUCCAAGCAUUACUUUCCGAUUUUUCUUCCUGGAAUCGAUUUUCGCCCCCUUCGAUUCCUUGCAAAGUCCUUGUGGCAGAUCUGAUCAGGCUCUUGGGUAUUUCAGACACUGCAUGCAUGGGAGCAGUGGUUGUGUUGGAUGCUAUAAGAAGCCCACACUAAUUACACUGGAACCUAAAGAAGUUUCAAAACAAGGCCAGGCUGUGAGGAAACGUAGUACGUCCAACGAUUUCUGGACCACUAGCACGCAUGAUAUGGACAAUAGUGCUGUACAAUCACAGGGAAGCAUCUCAUCAAUCAGUGUAACAAAUCAAGCCCCAGAUCCUCAUGGUAGUUCUGGCAAAACAAGCAACUCCACUGAAUUUGUAAAUCACGGUCUUAUUCUCUGGAAUCAGACUAGGCAACAGUGGGUAGGAAAUAAAAAACCACAAAUUCAGUCACAGCAGCUGCGAGAACCUAAACUAAGCACUUAUUGUCUGUCCCUUGGCAUAUGGCUUUGCAGUUGGGAUGCAACAUAUGAAAGUUUACUUGGGAGCAGCAAACCAUUCCAUCGGCCUAUCCCUCUUCCUGAAAUGGUAGAUUUUCUAGUGGACAUCUGGGAACAGGAGGGCCUAUACGACUGAAUCACAUGUCUGCUCACUCUGCUGUUUGAUUUUAAAUCCCUAAAACAAUUAAUUUUAGUUGUUGCUUCUAUGAUGAUGAUAGGAAUGGGAAGAUUGAGCUCACUGCAUUUUGUACAUCAAUUGUAAUGUUAUCUGCCCCCUGUUAUCUUUCAGUGAUGAGGAAUCUAAUCAUUUUCUCUUUGCUGCAACUUUGUAAGUGAUGCCAAUUGGUUGAUCUUUAGUGAUUAAAAGAGCCAGUUUUGAGGGGUUGAGAAAAA